AUGGACCUUGCAGCAUGGCGGAGGCGCCCGCAGCUCGCUACGCGUUUUCUGCAGCGGCUGAGGGGCGAGCGCCUGGUGGCGGCGGUGGACGUUCUGCGGUCGAUGGGCCGUGCGGAGGUGGAGGUGAACGUCUUCCACUUCACCGCCCUCGUCUCUGCGUGCGGGGCGUCUGGGCGCUGGAGAGUGGGCCUCCACUUCCUGCUGACGAUGGGCCUCCGUGAGGUGUGCCCCAAUGACAUCACCUUCACCGCCGCGCACAACGCUUGCGCCCAAGCGGAGCGUUGGCGAGAGGCGCUAGGCCUGCUUCAGACGAUGCCGGAGGGACAGAUUCGAUUGGACGUCUUCAGCUGCUCGGCGGCGGUCACCGCCUGCGCCCAGCGCAGCACUUGGGCUGCUGCCGCGCAGGUGCUGACCUUCAUGGGGGCCGCUUGGGUGGCCGCCAACGUCCUUACCUUCUCCGCAGCUCUCAGCGCCUACGAGCGCUCCCGCCAGUGGCGUGCUGGCCUGCACCUCGCGGAAGAUCUGGCAGAUCUGGUGGCGGCGAGCACUUGCAUUAGCAGCCUGCAAAAGGCAGAUCGAUGGGAAGGGGCAGCCAGGCUCUUGUUCGAACUGCCGCUAAGCCGCCUGCAACCCAAUGCCUUCAGCUUCAACUCUGUCGUCAGUGGCGAGAGUAGCCGCUGGCAGUGGCCGCUGACCGUUCUGAGCGACCUCGACGAGGUGGGCUGCAAUGCUGCCGCGAGCUCCUGUGGUGAGCGCUGGGGGCCGGCCCUGGGUAUUCUCCAGCACAUGGGUCGCAGUACCCUGCAGCCGGACGAGGUCACUUACAGCGCGGUGAUCACGGCCUGCGAGGCGACGCAGUGGAGGCGAGGCCUCGCGCUGAUCUGGGCCAUGCUGCGGCGCAGACUGCGGGCGGAUGGGGUGGCAUGGAGCUCCGCCGUGAGCGCCUGUGAGCGCAGCAGCAGCUGGCAGGCCGCUCUGGCGCUCUUUGAGAGCGGAAGGGACGGCGGCUUCGGCGACAGCGUGGCCCUGGGCGCGGUGCUCCGGGCCCUGCGGGCAGCGGGCGCGUGGCGCCAGGCGCUGGCCCUCCUCGGCGCGGGCGGCGCGGGCGGCGCGGGCGCGGACGCGGUGUGCGGGGCGGAAGCCUGCGGGGCCUGCUGCGGGGGGUGGAAGUUUCAGGAGGCUUCGGACUUGAUGGGGCGAAUUAGCUCCACAGCCCUGGCGCUGUUGCUUGGGGGUGGCGCAGCGCAGCAGGCGCUGCAAGACCGCGAUGCAGAGCUGCAGAGGUUGCAAGAUCAAAGUGCCCGAGCUGAAGAACAGUGGAAGGCACAGAUUGUGAAACUGGUUGAGGAGAUGAGGAAGGUGGAGCAGCGGACGGCUACCUUGGCGAAGGAGCUGGCGGCCUCCAAGGCGGAGCUCGCCAAGCUGAAGGCGGGGGGCCAGGACGUGGUCCAGCGCUACGAGGAGGAGAGCGGCCGGCGUUUGGAGCUCGAGGAGAAGUGUUUGCAUCUGGAGGAGAAGUUGAAGUCCCGCGAGCAAAGAUCUCGCGACGAGACAGCGCAGAAGGCGAAGCAAAGUCAGGCCAGCCAGGCCAACGUGGCCAAGCUGGAAGAGCGGGCCAAGCAGCAGGAGGAGCCGUAG